CUCUCCUGGAGCGCACCGAGACGAACGCGUGAAGAAUGAAUGAACUUUAAAUCUGCCUCACAACUUUCACCGUCUCUCUCUCCCUCUCUGUCUUUCCCCUUCUUUCUCUCGGUUUCCCUCCUCCUCCUCCGCUUCUCUCUGCCCCACACGCUGAAAGGAGAUCUCGACAAUGGAUUUACUGCGAUCCGGAUCCUGUUGUCAAUGAUCAGAUCUUCGGUCUUUUUGCGGAUGCUCGUUUUAAACAGCGGCAGUCGAGAUGAUGGCAUCAAUAGGAGAAUUCGACCCUCUCAACACCAGAGUCCCUGCAACUAAAAUAGAAGUUACAGUGUCCUGCCGGAGUCUACUGGAUGUGGAUACGUUCUCCAAAUCAGAUCCUGUGGUCGUGUUGUAUUUGCAGGGUGUGGGGACUAAAGAAUGGAGGGAGUUUGGCAGAACGGAGGUAAUCGAUAACACUCGGAAUCCAGAUUUUGUCCGAAAGUUCGUCCUGGAUUUCUUCUUUGAGGAGAAACAGAAUCUGAGGUUUGACGUGUACAAUGUGGACUCCAGAAGCUGCAACAUUUCCAAACACAAGGACUUCCUGGGUCAGACCUUCUGCACCCUGGGAGAAAUCAUCGGCUCCACAGGAGGACGGCUGGAGAAGACCCUGUCUGGGAUUCCAGGAAAGAAGUGUGGAGUCAUUAUCUUUGCUGCAGAGGAGCUCAGUAACUGCAGGGAUAUUGCCACCAUGCAGCUGUGUGCCAACAAGCUGGACAAGAAGGACUUUUUCGGCAAAUCAGAUCCCUUCCUGGUUUUCUAUCGGAGUAAUGAGGACGGAACGUUCACCAUCUGCCACAAAACAGAGGUGAUCAAGAACACACUGAAUCCAGUGUGGCAGUCCUUCACCAUCCCUGUUAGAGCUCUCUGCAACGGAGACUACGACAGGACUGUGAAGGUGGAUGUCUAUGACUGGGAUCGAGAUGGAAGCCAUGACUUCAUUGGUGAGUUCACCACCAGCUACAGAGAGCUGUCUCGGGGGCAGAACCAGUUCAACGUGUACGAGGUUUUAAACCCAAAGAAGAAAGGCAAAAAGAAGAAGUAUGUAAAUUCUGGGACUGUAACUCUGCUGUCCUUCAAAGUGGAGUCCGAGUAUACCUUUGUGGAUUUCAUCCGAGGCGGGACACAACUGAACUUCACCGUGGCUAUCGACUUCACAGCAUCCAAUGGUAACCCCUCCCAGCCCACCUCUCUCCACUAUAUGAGCCCCUACCAGAUGAAUGCAUACGCCAUGGCUCUGAAAGCAGUGGGAGAGAUUAUCCAGGACUACGACAGUGACAAGCUCUUCCCCGCCUAUGGUUUCGGAGCUAAGCUGCCCCCUGAUGGCAAAAUCUCCCACGCCUUCCCACUGGCUGGUGACAACGAGAACGCAAGCUGUGUGGGGAUAGAAGGAGUUCUGGAGGCUUAUUUCCAGAGCCUGAGGACAGUGCAGCUGUACGGACCCACGAACUUUGCACCAGUUAUCAACAAAGUUGCAAACUGUGCAGCAGAGAUUACAGACGGCUCUCAGUACUUCGUCCUGUUGAUGAUCACAGAUGGAGUGAUAUCUGACAUGGUCCAGACCAAAGAGGCUGUGGUCAACGCAGCAUCGCUCCCUCUGUCCAUCAUUAUCGUGGGCGUUGGACCAGCUGAGUUUGACGCAAUGGAGGAGCUGGAUGGAGAUGAGGUGCGGGUUUCCUCCAGAGGGCGUUUUGCAGAGAGGGACAUCGUUCAGUUUGUUCCAUUCAGAGACUACAUUGACAGAUCUGGCAACCAAGUCCUCAGCAUGGCCCGACUGGCUAAAGACGUCCUUGCCGAGAUCCCCGACCAGCUGCUGUCUUUUAUGAAGAGCCGAGGAAUUGAACCGCGACCAGCCCUCUCUUCCUCACCGCUACCGGAGCUCCACCGACAUAUCUGACACCCCAACACUUCAAUUCACAGCCACUCAUCGCUGCUUGUCUCUUUUGCCCUCUCUGCUCAUUCAUGCUCAGCUCUCCCACAGUUAUUUGUCACUUAAAAGGAGCAGCAGGAUCGACCUGUGACUUGCCCUCCUACUCUCUUAUCGUUGUAAAAGCUAAACAGGCGCAUCACACCGACACAGUGGGUGCUCAUCCCUGACUCACCCUUUGCUCUUCCUCUUGAACUCACCCUGUUACACUUCACAUUUACUGUGUGGAAGAACAGUGAGGCAGAACCAUGACUGUCCCCUUCCUCCUUUCUGAUACCAUUCAGAGACAGGUGACUUUCUGAAUCCCUCUCACACACCACACACACACCUUCCUGUACGUUUUUGUCCAGACCAUGUGUUGACACUGGUCACAUUUGGCAUGAGUCCCAGGAAGUGUCAGACACAAGAUUAAAUUGAGCUUAGUCCCCACAUAAACCCUGGAUGAGCUGUGUACAGCAGCUUGUAUCAGGUGCUUUGGGGGUGAUUUUGGCCAAAUUCUGACUAUUUUAGAGUAAUUGGUCACCGUGUGGACAGGUGUUUGUGACUUAUACUUCAGUACCGUCAUUAUCCUCGGGCUGUGCCAAAUCUCUUGAAACUGAAAUAGAGGCUGCCAACAUUUACUUCAAUCCUAAAGCACUCAAACUGAGAGAAGUGACUUCCCCAGAGGAUUUAGAGGAUUGGAGGGAGGGUAGAGGGAGAGAAAAGCCUGAGGUGAUAGGGACAAGUGCAUGCGGGGGGUUUAAAGCAAUGAAAGUUAGUUUUUGUAGUUUUUGAAGUUGAUUUGGUUUGCUCAUAUAUAAAGUAAACAGUUGGAGCUGCUGCAGUGACUGUGACUGUGACAGCUCAUGAAGACGAAGACGGUAGUUUCAAAGUUGUUCUAACUGAGCAAAUAGGAAGCAUCCUGGUAGGUAACCCACUAAACAUUGUUUUCUAUUCCAACCAAAUUGUGUCUUUUGUCAUCUUAAAUUUAAAUAGUUGGAGGAAAUAAAGCUAAACAAGUAAAUGCAGGGAAAAAAUGUACGGAGAGCAAAAGCAUGCAGAACCCAAGAUUUCCCCACUCCCAUCUUUUCUUAUCUGAAGAUGAUUUAUUUAUCUCUACAAACAGAUAUCCUCGAUCAAGAGCGCAUAACAAACCCUUCUUGAUCAAAAAAUUCAACUUGAGCACCAAUCCUGCUCCACUCUCUGCCUUGAAUCAGUUCAGAUUUUCUGACUUUCUGGAAUACAUCAGAAUUUAUCAAUCUGACCUCAAUUCAACUAAUAAGAGUUUUUUUUUGCUCUUCUCUUCUAAUCUUUACUUUCCAGAAAUGUUCAUCGUGAUGUUAUUUCAGCAAAAUUAAGACCUAUUAAUUGUUAGUCAGGUGUUUUUUGUUGAGUUCAAAGCAAGCCAGAGUGAAGACAGGAAGUCUCUACUAGAUGUUGUUUAACAAUAACUUCUGGCAACACUGAAAUGAUUGAAAAGGUGGCAUCCUGUCCGAGAGACACAUGCUGCUUAUAGUCAUCAGACCAUGAUAGACGAUGGUAGCUUAAAACAUGGUGUCCAUUGCAGGAGUCUCAAAAUACAAUAUAUUAAAAACUGCCCUGACUUCACUUCAAGACUGAUUGGCCAGAUUUCUCUUUUUGUAAGCUUAAACAAUUUUAAUAUUAUCAAUUCAUGGUUAAAUGAUUCAUACAUGAAAGGUUCAAGGCAGGUUACAAACUCAUGUCGGACUGAUGCAGCUCCUAAUGAAAAAUUACACCUAUUCUGAGUCAUCACUCAGUCAAAUCUCAAACCACAAACAUGAAACACAUAUUUUUAGAUCCAGUUUCUCAGAGUAUUAUUAUUUCCAUCAUCAUAAAUUAAUACAAAUUGGCUCAUUAAUCAACUAAGCUACCUGAUAAAUUAGUAAAGAAGGGACAUUUCAGAGAGACUUUCUGAGUUUCUGAUGUAGACGUCAUGCAGAGAGCAGAAGACAAGUGUUGGCAGGUCUCGUGUUGGGUUUCUGUUCAUCAUUAUCAUUCACAGACCUUCACACACACACAUGUGCACUUCUUCAAACACACACCUCUCCCUGCCAUGACACACCCACCCUCUCUUUUCCCAGCAUGAAGCUGAUGCUGGGUGCCGAUUCCCCUCCUGCUGUCAGAGAAAUGCCAGUCUCUCUCUCUCUCUCCUGCUGCCCUGCAGAGAAGAGGAGGAGAAAGGAAGGAAGGAAGAUGAGAAGAAAGGGAGGGAGGGAAGAGUAAAUGAAAGAGGGGUGAAGGUGGAGAAAAAGGGGGAGGAGGGGGGUGGGAAGAAAACAAUCAAAGACAAGGCCAGAAGAGAGUGAAGGAAAAAGACAGAGAUGGACAAGGACACAAUGAAGAUGGGGACUGUCAGGAGGAAAGAAAAAUGAGUGACAGCUGCAGAUGAGAGUUCGAGAAAUCAACAGAGAGGAAGGCUGCAGCUCUGUCUUUAGUUUCUAUGCCUGAUACGACUUUGUAUGUAUAUUUUUUUCUUGCAAAACAAAGAAUGAUACAUGCACAUUCUUCAAAAAGCAAUAUAUACCUGACUCCCUGUGUGAUGUCUCCCCUAUGCAUGCCCCCCCUCUUGCUCUCUCUGUCCUCGUCCCCUGCCAUGACUUGACAUUUCAGUCCCAGGCAGACUAUAGAGCUGUAUAAAGUGGGCAAAACCUGCCACCUAGUGUUCAUCAUGUGUACAGCAGGGUAUCUUUUAAUAUGCAUGACCACUGUACAUUCAUAUAGCUCACUUAACAGAUGCAUGACCUGAUGCAACGGUCCUUACUGGAUUCAGGCAUCUGAAAAUAUAAAGUUAUGUGUUGAUUAUAAAGAAAAUUGCUGCCCUCCUGUUCUGUUGAAGUCAGCGUGAUGAUAGUCGUUCAGAGGGGUGUUGAAGCUGUUUUACGUGUCGUGUAAGUACUCUUGUUGUUUUUUAUAAACUUGUUUUUGCAUGUUGAGGAAUAAAUGUGUUGCAUUGUUCAGCUGGUUAUUGUUACUGUAACUGUUAAAAGAAUCAGAUACUCACACUGACGAUUAUAUCCUGAGGUAAUAUGCAUUUCUCUUGUGUCACUGAACCUGUUGUUUGUAGAUUUCCUGUUGUGUUUGCACCGUGUCUUCAGAAGUAGAUAUAUUUAAUAAGGGUGAACUUAUCAACCAAGAGACGUAUUUUUGAUAUUUUGCAAUGAUAAGGCCUGUUUCCAGGCUCAUACAAUAAACAGAAAUGUGAGGUCGUUGACAUCAGAGGUAUAUAAAAAGGAUUAUGAGGACACUUAAAGAAUGUAGUCUGAUUUUUGUACAAGAAGAGCUUUUAGUCUUCUUUUGUUUGUCUCUUAUCUUUGUCUUAGGGCUGUGUAAAUGUGUCAUAGUAUUUAAUAAAAUUAUAAUGGAUUAGGA